UAUAGCGAAGCUGUGGACUAUUAUAAUCGAUUACAGAAAUGUGAGAAUAUAACAGGUGUACACGCGACCGCUUUUUUUCUCUCGUCUAUUAUUACGCAAUUUUUUGCUCGCACGAAUAUUUUGCGCGAUGCGUACGGUGCUGAAACUUGAAACAAGGAUCGAUUAUUGUGGAAUAUUUAAUAUAUGUUUUUUGCGAGUUUAUUACCCGACCUUUUUAAGAUCUUCCACUAUCGAAGCAUGCGCGAGAGACGCUCUUGCUAUACAGGAGGUAACGUCGUUUCGCGAAAAAGGAGCGGACACCAGUCUUCAGAUAACUUUUGACAUGGAUGGUUCUAAAUACUCCGGAUACCGAGGUGCUUACAACUUUGAAUGGGCGGUGAAACUAAAUCGUAUUGCUCUCAACUUAAUCGGACUCUGGCCUAAAACCGCGCAAAACCCGCGACAGAAGUUAUUAUGCGAUAUUCGAGUGCUCCUCGUUUUUCUGGGGGUAACUCUCGGCGUUUUGAUCCCUUCUAUGCACUCCCUGAUAAGAAUUCACGGGGAUAUCAUGCUGAUGAUUGAUAAUUUACAAUUCACUUUGCCAGCCGUGAGCUGCUCGAUAAGAAUCGUGAUCUUUUGGUGGAAGAAAGAAGCUAUCAUACCGAUCAUGGACAUGAUCGCGGAGGAUUGGGUAAGGUCCAAGAGCACGCGAGAGAGAAGGAUGAUGAUCAGGAGAGCGCGAAGCGCGCGCAUAAUUAUCACAUGCGCGUAUUGCAUAAUGGGAGUAGCGUGCUUCUUUAUCAUCGUUCUGCCAGGUUUCGGCGUUUCGAUGAGACUGACGCCGAACAUUACCGAUCCGGGAAGACCGAUGCCGCUGCAAAGCCAUUACAUCUACGACGUGACGAGGCGGCCGCAGUACGAGCUGACAUUUAUCAGUCAGGCCGUCUACAUUCUUCUCGCCAUCAUGUCUUACACCGGAAUCGAUAAUUUUCUCGGUCUUCUGAUAUUUCACAUAUGUGGUCAAUUGGACAUUCUUACGGAUCGGUUGGCGCAUUUGGAUAAAUAUACCAAUUCAUGCGACAUGCUGAAAAAUUGCGUUGCGAAGCAUGUCCGUUUACUCAGAGCCAUCGAUGUGAUCGAAGAUACGUACAAUAUAACGCUUCUCGCGUUAUUCGUGUACUUUGCGAUACUCUUUGCUUUCUACGGUUUCCGGAUAAUUAGCCUAUUCGAUGAAGGAAAUGAUCUAUCGCUCGCUCACUUGUUAUAUUUCACAUCCAACGUUUUCAAUAUUUUUGCGCAUAUGUGCUUAUAUUGUGCUCUCGGCGAGAUUUUAGUGGCCCAGUGUAACGAGAUAUAUUAUGCGGCGUACAGUAACGAAUGGUACUCGGUGGAUUCAAAAAAUGCGAGGGAUUUAUUGCCAUUACUGAUCAGAGGCGCUAAACCGAUCUAUCUCACCGCUGGAAAAGUGUUUCCCAUGACAAUGGCUACAUUUUGUGGGCUAAUAAAAACAUCAGCUGGUUAUAUAUCUGUUUUGCAUACAACGAGAAAUUAA